AUUAGCAGAGCUUGGACAGAGCUAGUUAGCUUUACCAUGGAGAGAGGACUUCAAAGUAUGAGAGUCUCGUACUUAUGGGUCGCGUUUUCGAAACUCAGUGACGUUACAUUAUUAAAAACGUCCUUGCGGUUUUAAACUUUAGCUGGUGUCGGAAUGGGUUUGGACUGGUUUCCUAAUUCUGAAUAUUAACCCCACUUCUCUUCUCGGCUGCUAUGGAACAGCCCCCUGGCACCUCAGAUGGUUUACAGCCUCAGGAACUCUCUUCCGCCUGCAGCCUGCCCAGUGUUUUUAACCUGACGAGGAAUAGUGAAGAGUGUCUGUUGAAAGCCAACUCCAUAGAGGCCUUGCAUGUUGUCCAGCCACCAAGCUGGUAUGUGAGUUCUGGGACCAGCAAUGGGAUGGUGCUCCCAGUGGACGACUCCAACCCCCCACCUCAGCCCAUUGACCAGAUCCAACCAGACAAUGCAUUUUCCAACACAACCGUCACACUCUCUUAUGUGAGCAAGUCUCAUGUCUUUACUACCCACAACUCUCUCUCGGAGCAUUCCCCGUUUUAUGGGGUUCCGUUAAGCAAGACGUUCUCUUUGCACCCUGCUGCGUACGAUGGGGGCCAGUUGGUCACUGACACGGGUGGAGCUCCACUCUGUGUGGAGAUGGACCAGCAUUGUCUGCAACAGGUCUCUGUACCAGUUGGGUUAGCAGCCUGUGCCAACUCAUUUGAGUUUGUCACACCAGCGCAGGUUGUUGAGAAUGUUGCAGGGCUCUGUUAUCUUCAGCAAGCUCAUGAAAUCAGUGGCAUACAGGAUGUUGAAAGCCUUGCUUUGGAAACACUCAAAUCUUUACAGCAGAGCAACCCCAAUGAAUGCAAGAUUCCUCUCAGCCUGGAGCAAAUGCAGAAUGGUGGUGUCACUGGCUUGUGGGACACAGGAGCCUUUGAUGGGAGCUUCCCUGCUGGACACAUUGCAAACUCUGAGGAUCAGCAAAGGAACGGUAACCCUGAGGUUCUGUUCCUUAUCUCCAGAUCGGAGGAACCGGUUCUUGUACAAAACAACCAGGCACCUGCAAGCCUUGCCGUUUCAUUAAACCAAGACUUUAUUAGUACACUGGAGGAUUCAGUGUCACCCCCUGUUGCCUCACUGGAUGAGGUAAAGGAUGUUUUCAUUUUGCCACAGACUGUAAGCGAGGAGGUAAAUUCAUUUAUUGAAACAAAUAACACUAGGCAAGAUGAAACAGGUCAGGGAGAAUCUGAUCCAACUAAGAGUGUGGAAGAGACAGAUUUAUCAUCUGUAACUGAUGUUGCAAUAGGAUUCGAUACCAGCAUUAGCAAUCAACUAACAGGGAAUACUGUUGACACAUGCAAACCAGAACAGACAGAGCAGAGUAGUAAUUUAUCUGGGGUAGAAGAGGAGAGGGCAGCAAAGCAUACUCUAACAAAUAGGACUUUGCAUGUGAGCGGUGGUUUAUUUGCCAAAAAGGAAACCAUUGUAAGAAAAAAGCUUCCCCCAAGAACUAGAAGAGGUAAGAGGUUAGAGGCCAUUGUUCAGAAUAUUUGCCCCAUCAGGUACAAAUCCAAUCAUGUCUCUUCCACAAAAAAAUCACAGUGUGCAAACGCUCAGGCAGAUGAGAGUGCUGAUCUGGGCUCUGAGCAAGAUAUGUCAUUUGACAACAGCAGCCAAGAUGUUCGGGAGGAAGCGUGUGCUGAGGAGGCGGUGACCAAACCUAAUGAAAAGCCAGCAGAAUUACAGGAGAAGGAAGAAGAAACAGGUGUCACUGAUUUGAACAGUUCUGAAAGCAAAUUGUCUACCUCAUGUUCUGCAAGUGUUUUGAAACAUUCACCUGACCACACAUCCCCAGAGACAUUACACAAACCAAUAAAAUAUGGCAAGAAAUCAAAGAAACGGCAUAAAGUUUCAAACAAGUCCCGGGUAAAGGUAAGAAAUCAGACUGCACUGCCUACGCAGCAGCUCUGUGCAAAAAGUCCUUCGAAGCGGCAGACGUUAGUUAUGAGUAGCAAAGGUUCGCCAAGAGCAAAGAAAGUUCAUGCUCCCAAAAGAAAAAGAAAGAAGCAUAAACAUGGCCAGAAUUUGAUUUUCUCUCCCCAGGAGCCAGAGAUAAAGCUCAAGUACACAAACUAUAAAGAUGAUAGAAGGGAAAAGCGAGACGAGACCUUCUCACCUUUCGUCCGUGUGGAACUGAAGAUGUAUCCCUCGUGCACGGUCGUCAACUACCCUGAGGAGAGUGAAAGGCUGAACAGGGGAAAGCAGCAGGUACCCUCCAAGUUUUCUUCUGGGGCAGUACCUGCAACACCUUGUCUCCAGUAUGGCCGUGUCUCCAUGGAGGCAGUUCAGCGGGGUGCUCUGGUCUGUUGCCUUUGUGGAGGUUCUGCCAAUGCUAUGGACCUGGGGGACUUGCAUGGGCCAUACUAUCCUGAGGGUUUCAGGCCAGUGUCAAAAACGGCGACUAAUUCACAGGAACUGAGAGAGGAAGAUUCCAGUGACACAGACUCCUCUCAUGUUGCCAAUGGUAACACACAUGCAGCUCUCUCACCGCCUAGCUGGACUCACCGUAAGAAUCAUCGCAAGGUACGUGAGGCUGCUGCUCUGGGGACCUAUCAGGGGUGGUCCAGUGAGGGUGACCUGUCUUGUAGCCUUGCACCUAAGAGAUCCCGGAUGGACACUGUAACGGACUGGUACAGCCCCCCCAUAGUGCCACUAGAAGCCAGUGAGUACUGGCUCCACGAGGACUGUGGCAUAUGGUCAGCAGGUGUCUUUCUUGUGAGAGGAAAGCUCUAUGGGCUUGAGAAAGCUGUUAAGAUGGCGAAGGAGACGAUUUGUUCCUCUUGUCAGAAAACAGGAGCUACUUUGGGAUGCUUUUUCAAAGGCUGCCCUAACAAGUAUCACUACAAAUGUGCAAUGCAGUCAGGCUGUGUGCUAAAUGAGGAAAACUUCUCAAUGAAGUGCAAAAAGCACAAGAACAAAUCCAUCAAAGGUGUAUCCAAUAAUGAACAGAACAGUAGGUGACCGAGGAAGAUGGUUCUUUGCAAGAACUAGAAUCAUCUCUGCUGCUGGGGAAUGCGCUGCCAUGAAUCCGCCACGCUUGAAGGUUAUGGACAACUUUAAACGAACAGAAAAGCCUCUCUGGAACGUAGACACCCAUAUACCUUAAUGCUUUCUCCUGCUGUUGCACUGUCGCUAAUUUCACUUUCACCACACCAACCAAGAGUUCAGAAACAUCACUACAGUUCUUGCAAGGUCAAGGGCUCUUUAUCCAGCCACAGAUGAAGGCUAGCCUUGGACUAAAAGCAUUUUUCAAUGGAGAAACACCAUUGGCAGCGGGAUUUACCCAGAACUAGUUAGUCUGACUCUGGACAAAAUUGCUCUGAAAGUAAUAAAUGGGUUACAGUGUAAAGCAUCAGAAUAAAUUGCACAUUUAUAGGGCUCAAACAAAGCAUAAGACAAAUCUGCUAAACCUAAACCACAGCACAAAGCCAGUGAACUAACGUUAUUUGGAUUACAUGUAUUUUGUAGUGUAAUUGUCCUGAACUUAUUUAUUAUAUUUGGGGUAAAUUAAAUCCUAAGACUUUCAGUUCUCAGAACUGUGAGUCAUCUGUGUACUUAUUAAUUUAAAAAGUAAAUGAUUUCUGAAGACUCAGCUCUUUGCUUAAUGGAAUUUGUAAUAGGCUUUGCAAGAUGUCUCUUUGAUUAAACACAGGAAAUCACAUUCAGUAGAUUAAUAGUCAACAUGACACUCUAUACGUCGGUACUUCAUUUUCCGCAUGUCAGCGCGGCUGCCGGUUGCCCUGUAUAUUAACUGGACGAAGGGCGGGCCCUCUUCAAGAGGAGUUUCGCUGAUUUAUACCGUCUGUGUGGACCAUUUUCAGUUUCGGGAGUCGGGAUAGAAGCUAGAGCUCUGUACAUCAGCAUUUGUUUGCGUAAUGGCGUUUGUACAGGUCAUUCUCGUAGCCUUUCUUGUAUAUUAAUUGUAAAUUAAUUUGUGAAUAUUGUUCUUCCCAAAACUCUGAAAUGAGGGGGGGGUAGCCAAAAGCACUUUGGAAGGCGUCUCCUAUAUCAAAGCAUUUAUUCUUCAUGGAAGCCGUAAUGUUUGUCUUGAAUUCUGUUCACCCCAAAGUACUCAAUCCCAGCACUCCUAUGAAUAAAACUGGACAAUGCUUCAA